GUACAAAAGCGAGAGAAAGCUGGCUUGGGGGUGGCACUCAACAGGUGCUCUGAGUGGCACCCACGGCCAGGUCCUGGGAGAGGACAGAAAACAACUGGGACUCCUCAGCCCCCGGCAGCUCCCGGUGCCCAGCCACCCACAACACAACCCAAAGCCUUCUAGACAAGCUCAGUGGAAUCUGAAGGGCCCACCCCAUGGAGGAAUGCUGGGUGACAGAGAUAGCCAAUGGCUCCAAGGAUGGCUUGGAUUCCAACCCUAUGAAGGAUUACAUGAUCCUGAGCGAUCCCCAGAAGACAGCUGUUGCCGUGUUGUGCACUCUUCUGGGCCUGCUAAGUGCCUUGGAGAACAUGGCGGUGCUCUCUCUGAUCCUGUCCUCCCACCGGCUCCGCCGGAAGCCCUCAUACCUGUUCAUUGGCAGCUUGGCUGGAGCUGACUUCCUGGCCAGUGUAGUCUUUGCAUGCAGCUUUGUGAAUUUCCAUGUUUUCCAUGGUAUGGAUUCCAAGGCUGUCUUCCUGCUGAAGAUUGGCAGCGUGACCAUGACCUUCACAGCCUCUGUGGGUAGCCUCCUGCUGACCGCCAUUGACCGAUACCUCUGCCUGCGCUACCCACCUUCCUACAAAGCUCUGCUCACCCGCGGGAGGGCACUGGUGACACUGGGCAUCAUGUGGGUCCUUUCAGCACUAGUCUCCUACCUGCCCUUCAUGGGAUGGACUUGCUGUCCCAGGCCCUGCUCUGAGCUUUUCCCACUGAUCCCCAAUGACUACCUGCUGAGUUGGCUCCUGUUCAUCGCCUUCCUCUUUUCUGGAAUCAUCUACACCUAUGGGCAUGUUCUCUGGAAGGCCCAUCAGCAUGUAGCCAGCUUGUCUGGCCACCAGGACAGGCAGGUGCCAGGAAUGGCCCGAAUGAGGCUGGACGUGAGGUUGGCCAAGACCCUGGGGCUGGUGCUGGCUGUGCUCCUCAUCUGUUGGUUCCCAGUGCUGGCCCUCAUGGCCCACAGCCUGGCCACUACGCUCAGUGACCAGGUCAAGAAGGCCUUUGCCUUCUGCUCCAUGCUGUGCCUCGUCAACUCCAUGGUCAACCCUGUCAUCUAUGCUCUGCGGAGUGGGGAGAUCCGCUCCUCUGCCCAUCACUGCCUGGCUCGCUGGAAGAAGUGUGUGAGGGGCCUUGGGUCGGAGGCAAAAGAAGAAGCCCCAAGGUCCUCAGUCACCGAGACAGAGGCUGAUGGGAAAAUCACUCCGUGGCCAGAUUCCAGAGAUCUAGACCUCUCCGAUUGCUGAUGAGGCCUCUUCCCAAUUUAAACAACUCAAAUCAGAAAUCAAUUCACUCCUUGGAGGAGAGAGAGGGGUCUUGGCACUCUCUUCUUACUUAAACCAGUACCAGGCACCUAGACACGGACCCCUUUUUGCUGAUGAGUGUUGGGACUGACUCCUGGAAGACAGCCUGGCCUUGCCCACCUGCACACAGUCUGUUGGAUAGGUAGGGCCCAUGAGGAGAAGCCAAGUGGGCAAGAUGCAAAGGGCCUAGUACAGGCUCAGUUUGACAAGUCAGGUCAGGCUUCAUGCCUGCAUCCUCCAUAGACCACAGGAGCCAAAGCAAGCCUCCAGGCCCAGCAAUGAGGGACUUGGGAGAAAUCUGAGAAGAAUGGGUUGCUCUCUUGGGAAGUCAGGGUAUCAGAUGGAAUGGACAUCCAGGUCUUCUCCCUGCCUAAUUAUCAAGGCCUCCUUGGUUCUGGAGCUAUGAAAGGCCCCACUUUCAGGUCACCCUUGCCACUGAGGACCCAGAACUAUGCUAUGAUGAGGAUUAAGGUGUUGACUUGCCUCUUUCAGAGAUAAAUGACAAGCCUUCAGUUUGGGGCAUCCUGUUGUUUGGGCGAGGACUCUCUCUGAUAUUCUGAUAAUCCCCACCUGUAACCUCAGGUCCCUGGAAAUACAGAGGAAGCUGGGAUCGCUUGAGACACAAAAAUCUUUGGAGAAUUUUCUUGACCCUCUGAAGUCCUUCCAGCAGCAGUCCUGGUGGUGCUGCUGGAAGCAAGCAAUGUCCUAGUCUAACCUAACUCGAAGAAAAAGGAAGAUAUUCACAAAGAUUGUAUAAAUCCCCAAACUGUUCCCCCAUCUGCCCCCAAUUCAGCUCCCUUGCCUCCUCCACACCCCUAUUACAUAUAAUAAGCAGAGCAAGUGGGAGGAGGGGAAAUGCCCUUCCUAUAUGCCAGGUAUGGGGCUGAUAUUUCAGUCCAUUGACCCCAGCUAGAAUAUAGCUCCUUGCUUUUAAAGAUCUCAGGGGCCAGGCAUGGUAGCUCAUGCCUGUAAUCCCAGUACUUUGGGAGGCCAAGGCAGGUGGAUCACCUGAGGUCAGGAGUUUGAGACCAGCCUGACCAAUAUGGUGAAACCCUGUCUCUACUAAAAAUACAAAAAUUAGCAGGGCAUGGUGGCAGGCACCUGUAGUCCCAGAUACUCGGGAGGCUGAGACAGGAGAAUUGCUUGAACCCUGGAGGCAGAGGCUGCAGUGAGCCGAGAUUGUGCCACUGCACUCCAGCCUGGGUGACAGAAUGAGACUCUGUCUUAAAAAAAAUAAAAUAAAAUAGAUCCCAGGGUACCCAUUUUUCAUAUGAGGGAGGCUGGGUUCCUCCCAGAGGAGCCUAAAACAGCCAACAAAAGAAAUUGUUGGCGGCAGAAGGAUUGCAGAGGAAUUCUAAUGCAAUUAUUUGGGACCACAAAUGGAAUACAAUGAAAGAUAUUGGUUAAACAUGUCUUCGUUUAAUACUUUCAAGACAAAAUAUCCACUAGCCAUUCACUUAUUCAUUCAUCUCAUAAACAUGAGCCAGGCUCUGUGUAGGGUCCUGAGUACCUAGCCAUAAAUGAGACCAUGCCCCUGUCUCAUGGGGCUUACAGUCUAUAUCCUGCUUGCAAGACAGCCAAUAAGUCAAUAAAGAAAAUAAUUACAGGUGGUACAACAAAGGAAAUAUGCAGGGUCAUGUAAUAGGAACAGAGUUAACUCAAUAAAUGGUAGGGUAGACCUACCAUGUGCUCUGGUCAUACAAGCCGGCUCACUUUCAUUGAGCCUUUACUAUGGGCCAGGCAGGGGGCUAAGUGUUUUUAAAUGUCUUAUUUCACUUCAUCUUUCCCAACAACCUAAUAAGAAGGUCUUAGUUAUCUUCAUUUUACAGAUGUGGCAACGUCAAAGAUGCAAAGUCACUUGUCUAAGGUCACCCUGCUAAGUACCAGAGCUGAGGUCUCCAACCUAGUUCUGUUUGACUUCAAAGCCUGCCCUCUUAACCACUAACCUUUUGGCCUAGUUCAGUCAAAUUCUGCUUGAUUAUUGCUCAUUAGGGAUAAUAUUAGCUAUCUGUAGCAUCAGAUUGCUGCAAAGUUAACUCACCGUAGAUUCUUAAUAUACUCCAUUUUAUUAAAUGGCCCUGUAUUAAUCUCCUGUAAUAAAUUUCUACAAAUCCGGUGGCUUAACAAUAGAAAUUUACUCUCUCAUAAUUCUGGAGGCCAGAAGUCAAAAUCAAGGUGUGGUAGGGCUCUGCACCCUCCAAAAGUUUAAGGGGAGAAUUAUUCCUUGACUCUUUCAACUUCUGGCGGUCCCUGUCAUUCCUUGGCUUGUGGAAACAUCACUCCUACCUCUGCCUCUGUCUUCAUAUGGCCUUUCCUCUGUGUCUCUUGGUGUCUUUUUUUUUUUUUUUUUUUUUUUUUUGAGACGGAGUCUCAUUCUGUUGCCCAGGCAGGAGUGUGGUGGCAUGAUCUUGGCUCACUGCAACCUCUGUCUCUCAGGUUCAAAUGAUUCUCCUGCCUCAGCCUCCCAAAUAGCUGGGACUACAGGCACCUGCCACCACACUCGGCUAAUUUUUGUAUUUUUAGUAGAGAUGGGGUUUCACUAUCUUGCCCAGGCAGGUCUUGAACUCCUGACCUCAAGUGAUCCGCCCACCUUGGCCUCCCAAAGUGCUGGGAUUACAGACGUGAGCCACCGUACCCGGCCUGGUGUCUUUUUUUAAGAACACCAAUCACUGGAUUUAGGCCCACCCUAAUCUAGUAUGAGUUCAUCUUAAUUUAACUAAUUAUAUCUAUAGAGACCCUGUUUCCAAAUAACGUCACAUUCACAGAUUCCAGGUGGACAAGAAGUUUAGGGGGACACUAUUCAACUCAGUACAGACCCAGGAACAAAGUCCACCCUCUGGCCUGUGAUGAGUGGCAGUCACUAUUUUAUCCUCUCCCCCACGAGAUGAGCUCCAGGUUGACCUCUGCAUCCCCAGUGCUCAGUCAGGACCCAGCAGAGCAUCUGAAGGGAUCUGGUCAAUAUCUGUGGAACUGAACUGUUUCUGAAAAGCUCUGAUGUAUGUUUUGGAAAAUCAAAUCUUAUUUUAACCCAGACACCAAUCUUUUUGUAAGGCAAAGAAGUAGCAUAAAUGUUUAAAGGUGAAUUUGCACGUUUAUAUAUUGUCAUUCCUAAAGUUGAAGCAUGUCUUUCUUUAUUCAUCAGUGGAAUCCUUUCUCAUUUUGGCAAAGAAAAUGCCCAAGUGCCUGGCACAAACAAGCACUGAGUAAAUACUUCUUGAAUGAAUAAAACUAGAUUCUAAAAAUCAUUUGAUCAAACGCACUUCCACACUUUCUACUUCUCUCCUUUUACAACCACACUGUAUUUCUGCUUUUUUUUUUUUUUUUUUUUGAGAUAGAGUCUCACUCUGUCACCCAGGUUGGAGUGCAGUGGCACGCAAUCUUGGCUCACUGCAACCUCCGCCUCCUGGGUUCAAGCAAUUCUCCUGCCUUAGCCUCCCAAGUAGCUGGGAUUACAGGUACCUGCCACCAUGCCCAGCUAAUUUUUGUAUUUUUAGUAGAGAUGGAAUUUCACCAUAUUGGCCAGGCUGGUCUUGAACUCCCGACUUCAAGUGAUCCACCCACCUUGGCCUCCCAAAGUGCUAGGAUUACAGGUGUGAGCCACCACUCCCAGCCUCUAUGUCUGCUUUAAGUAGAGAAGCAGAGCUUAUGAGGGAAGAGAACAAGGGUGCAAAAGGGACCUAGAUAUCACUGAGAACUGCCCUUGCUGUUUGGUUGAGGAAAUGGGCCCAGACAGUGGACAAGACUUGCUCAAGGAGACAAACAAAUGGUGUCCAGUGCAACAAACCCAGGUUUCCUAACUUCCAGUUCUGUCCACUCUACAUCAGUGCCUCUCACCUGUCCCUGCAGGUUCACAUUUUCGUUAUGUGGAUAAGGAGAAAUAAAUUGAAGAUCACAAUGUCCCAUUUUAUCUUCCCCAAGACAAGCUCUGUAACAUGAAAGACCACUAUGCAAAUUGAUUACUAGAAAA